GUAUGCAGUCAUGCUCGAGGUAUGCAGUCGUGCUCCAGGUAUGCAGUCGUGCUCCAGGUAUGCAGUCGUGCUCCAGAUCCGCUCCCUUACCGAUGGCUUGCCGCUCUCCACAGUGCCGCUCCCGAUGGGCGCUGUCUCCUCCUCCUCUCCAAGGUGCCCCUCCCCAUGGGCCCCAUCUCCUCCUCUCCGGUUAGCAGGAGGCGUUUUAAGCCAGUUUCACCCUUUCUCCCUGUCUCCCUCGCAGAUCCGCUCCCUUACCGAUGGCUUGCUGCUCUCCACAGUGCCGCUCCCGAUGGGCGCUGUCUCCUCCUCGGGUCGUCGCAGCGACAGCGAGGCUUUCUUUUCCUUCGAGAGCUUUCUCUCCCCCCGCACCAUUUUCCGCUGCGACCUCACCACCCCUCAACCUGAACCCGAGGUGCACCGGCAGCUGACCGUUCCAGGCUUCGACCCCUCUCUGUUUGAGGCGCAGCAAGUGUUUGUGCCCAGCACCGAUGGCACCAGGAUCCCCAUGUUUGUGGUGUGUCGUAAAGACCUCCCCCACACAUCAGACCACUUCACUCUCCUGUACGGCUACGGAGGCUUCAACAUCUGCAUCAAGCCGUCCUUCAGUGUGGCCCGGGUGCUGCUGAUGAGGCACCACGGAGCCGUGGUGGCAGUGGCGAAUAUCCGCGGAGUGGGGGAGUACGGGGAGAGGUGGCACAAGGAAGGCGCGCUGGCCCACAAGCAGCAGUGCUUUGACGAUUUCUAUAGCUGCGCGGAGCAUCUGAUACGUGAGGGGUACACAUCGCCGUCGAAGCUGGUGAUAGAGGGUGGCAGCAACGGGGGGUUGCUCGUCAGUGCUGCUGUCAACCAGCGUCCAGACCUGUUCGCAUGUGCAUUGGCACACGUGGGGCUGACAGACAUGCUGCGACUCCACCACUUCACCAUCGGCCAUGCGUGGACCUCUGAGUAUGGCUGCUCCAGUGACCCGCACCAGCUCAAAUGGCUUCUCAGCUACUCCCCUCUGCACAACGUGAGGCGGCCCUGGGAAGCUGCCAGCCCCACCAGCAGCAACAACAUCACAUGCACGCAUUCAGAUUCCGCUGAUGUGCCAGCAAAAGCUGACAUGGCAGCAGUGAAGCGGCAGUGGGGAGAGCGCAGGCGGCAGUACCCGGCGGUGAUGCUGCUGACGGGCGACCAUGACGACCGCGUGCCGCCCUCCCACUCCCUCAAAUUUGCUGCUCAGCUGCAGCAUGUGUUGGUGCACAGGUGGGUGGUGGGAUGGGUGGGUGGGUUUUGGCCCGAAAGUGGGAUGAGAAUUGUGAUGCAGUGGUGGGUGGGUCCCUCCCGCUCUCUCAAGUUCGCGGCUCAGCUGCAGCAUGUGUUGGUGCAAAGGUGGGUGGCAGCAUGUGUUGGUGCACAGGUGGGUGGCAGCAUGUGUUGGUGCACAGGUGGGUGGCAGCAUGUGUUGGUGCACAGGUGGGUGGCAGCAUGUGUUGGUGCACAGGUGGUUGGCAGCAUGUGUUGGUGCACAGUCGUGCUGGUGCACAGCACAGGUGGGUGGCUUGCAGCAUGUGCUGAUGCAUGGGUGAACAUGCUCGCGCCGCAGCUACGCCUGGCUUUCCCCUUCCCUCUCCCUUGA